GUAAGGAUGACCUGAGUAUCCUCCAGUUGGAAGGAGAGCUUGAAUUUUGCCUUCACACACUCAAGAACCCUAGUCAGAAAGUAGCAGUUACUGGCCCGGCUAAUACCCUUUUCUAUCUGACCACUAAAUGCUUAGUAUCGUGCUCUGCCUACUGUAGUAAAUACCCUCUACAGACUGACAGAUGGAGUAGAUGACUACAUGAAACGUGAAGGAAAUUUGAAGGGAAGAGACACAGCUCCUGGGAUGGCUUGAGCCCGGUUUGGAUGUUGCUUAGGUUUGGACGGGAAUGCAGCUCAAUCUUCACUCGCUGAAUUUCUAAGUCGUUGGCUUUUGGAUUGCUGGCGGCUGGCUGUGGGAAGCGCUGCCUGCUCUUAUUCACUCCAAAGACACAGAAAGGCCGCCGCAACACUGGGCCAAAAUGUUUGCAAAAUUAAAAAAGAAAAUUGCCGAAGAGGCCGCCGUUGCCCCACGGCCCGGAGGGGCUGCCCGGAUCCCCAGGACAGGCAGCAAGGAAUCGAUAACCUCCAUGGGAGCGGAUUCGGGGGAUGACUUUGCUUCUGAUGGAAGCAGCUCUAGAGAAGAUCUUUCAUCUCAGCUCUUCAGGAGAAAUGAACAGAUCCGGAAACUAGAGGCCAAGCUUUCUGAAUAUGCCGAACAGGUCCGAAACUUGCAGAAGAUGAAAGAGAAGCUUGAAAUUGCAUUAGAAAAGCAUCAGGAUUCUUCUUUGAGGAAACUUCAAGAGCAGAAUGAGACGUACCAGGCAAACAGAGCCAAAAUGGCAGAAGGAAUGGCUUUGACUUUAGAAAAAAAGGACCAGGAGUGGACUGAAAAGUUGACUCAGCUUGAAAAAGAAAAAAGGCUUCUCACAGCUCAGCUAGAGAAAAUGAAGACCCAGAGCUUGAAUCUCUUCCAAAAGAGAGAUGAAAUUGAUGAAUUAGAAGGUUUUCAGCAGCAGGAAUUGGCUAAAAUUAAACAUAUGCUUUUGAAAAAGGAGGAAAGUCUGGCAAGAGCAGAAGAAGACCUGAAGACGAGAACCAAUGAACUCAGUCACACCAAGGAGGAGCUGCUGGCUUCUAGUCAUCUGUCAAGUGAUCUGAGCCGGGAGCUGGAGGCAUUACAGAAGCAGUACUCAGCGCUGGAAGAGCAGAGGGCUGACUUGAUGGCGGCAGAAACAGAUGCCGAAAGCAAGAUCACUGCCUUGGAGCAGAAGGGAAUGGAAUUACAAGCAUCCAUUCGACGACUUUCUGGGGAUCUGCAAAAGGCCCAGGGUGCUGCAUCUGUUUCUGAGAAGAGAUUGGGCAUACUGCAGGCUGAGCAUGAAUCACUGAAGCUUGAGAACGAGCAGCACAAACAGAAGAUGGCUGUUGAAGCUGAAGAGAGAGGGAAACUCAUUGAACAUUUACAGGAAAAGGUCCUGUCUUUAGAGAAAAGACUAGAAGGAAACUUAACAGGGGAUGAACAUGUGCAAGAAUUACUUAAAGAGAAAACUGCGGUGGAACAGAAGUUGGAUGACACUAGGCAGCAGCUUUUGGCAGCUAGAACCAGUCAUGCUGAAACUGUCAGUGUCCUAGAGACCCAGAUCUCCAAACUGAAUGGCCAAGUCACUGAGAGACAGGCACAACUGAAUGAGCGAGAAGAAUUUAUAAAAGGAUUCCGAGAUCACAGCACGAGUCAGGUGAUGAAACUCGAGCAAGCACUACAGGUUUCUGAAGAGAAGCUAAAGAAGAGCAGUGAAAUAGUGAAUGAGAAAGAAGUACAGAUCAAAAAGCUUCAAUCUGAUGUGGAAAUGGAGAGCAGCAAGUGGCAGCAGGAAAUCUCAACCCUGAAACAACAAAGUGAAGAACAGGUUAAUCAACUGGAGGCUCAAAUAAGUACCUUGAAAACUAACCAAACAGCGACGCAACGCAUGAUAGUGGAGCUAGAAAAUGAGAAUGCUGGCCUUAAAGAACACAGAAAUGAAUGUGAAAGUUCUUUACAAAAUCAGAAGCUUGAGUUGGAGAGACUGAAGGAAGAGUGGAACAAGAGAGAGACUGUCAGUGUGGAAAUUGCCAAAGCCUUAGAAGAAACCCGAAAGCACAAAGAAGAUCUUCAGCGGCAGGUUGCUGAUCUGAUGGCAUUAGUGAACGAGAAGGACAGGUCUCUCAGAGAAAAUACUGAAACUAUCCUUCUGCGAGAGGAGGAGAUAAACCAGCUCAAACAAGGUCACGAGUCCGUUCUCCUACAAGUGCACCAGUUGCAGAGUGACCUCGAGGAGUGCAAGAGCAAAUCAGCAGAGAGGGAAGAAGCAGCAGGACAGCAGAUCAGGGUGUUGAGAUUGCAGAUUCAAGAGCAGCAAGAGACCAGAGUCAGUGAGCUCAAGGUAGCUGCUUUAGAAGACACAGAAAAAUCCCUAAGUGAGUGUUUGUACACAUCUGAAGGUGAUGAAAGAACCCCAAAUGGAGAUCUUGAAGCUGUGCAUGUAUUACAACUACAGAAAGAAAACCAAGACCUGGAACAGCAGAUUAUAGAGAAAAACAAGACUAUAAGGCACCUGCAGCAGAGGAUGACAGAGCUCAAAAAGACUCUGCAGAAGGAACUGAAAAUAAAGCCUGAUAAUGAGAUCUUUGACGUUCGAGGAGAGAAACCCAACCCCGAAAUGCCGUCUGCCUCUGCAACCGUCACCAAUAACUCAGAUUUGAAUGACUCGAGGGAGAUUAACUUCGAAUACCUUAAACAUGUGGUUUUAAAGUUCAUGUCCUGUCGGGAAUCGGAGGCUUUUCACCUCAUUAAAGCUGUGUCUGUGCUACUCAAUUUUUCACAAGAGGAGGAAAACAUGCUCAAAGAAACAUUGGAGUAUAAGAUGUCGUGGUUUGGAUCAAAACCGUCUCCCAAAGGCAGCAUCCGGCCAUCCAUCUCGAACCCCCGGGUACCUUGGUCCUAAAAGGGAAUCUGACAAAUGGAGACUCCUUGUGUGGCCACUUUUUCUAUGAAAAUGACACUGAACACACACCGGUUUGGGUGGGUUUUAAUCACUGUAAUUGCAGUAUUUUGUACAAGCCUUUUGAAAUGUUGUUUACAGGAAAAAUGAUGGUCAGAGCUUCUUUCAUUGUGAACUGACGGGCACCUAGCUGCGGGAGGUGGCCAGUCUUAGAGCGGUCUGCUGGGAGCCCAGAACUAGGGAACCAUUCCUUGAGGGCCACUGUUCAUUUUGGAGUAGCAAAAAGCCUGACUUCUCCCCCUGUGCUGCUGAAUCUUGGUUUUGGGCACCUUAGAGUUUGGAUUUGAAUUUCUCCGCCUCCUAGUUCUGGCCACUUAAAACUGCGGCUGUGUUUAUCAGAAAGGAGAAAUUCUGGCGUCUCAGGUGAAGUUAACAAUGACGGUGACCCCGACGCACACUCCCGCAAUCCUUUAGGAGCUGCCAAACUCCUUUGAUUGCCUUUCUCUUUAAGCAGAACGUAAAACCCAACUCCUGACAGUGUUUUCUUUGGAAAGAUGGAAGGAGGCGGGUGAUCUGCUGGCACUUAGUCCCUUUUAAGUUAGCGAUCUGAAAUGAAUUGGGAAAUCUUUUAAAACACUGGAAGUAGGAUUUUCUACUUCUACUUCCUCCUCACUCCAGAACCCGGUGACAGACUUGACUUGAGAAUGUGUGCAUCUCAAAUUAUAUGAUUUAAGGUGCCCAGUAGUAGGGCAUAGUGUUGAUUAAUUUGGGGGAAUGUACAGCUCCCCAGAGGGUUCAGACUUUACUUUUCUUAAAGAAAAAAAUGCAACAUUUUAGAAGGUCUGAAUUUAGUACCUAAUACACUUAAUUGCCUUUUAAAUUAACGUGCUGGUCUCGGACAGGUUGCUGGGUAAACCAUUUUUAAAUACACUUUUUAAAACUGAAUUUCACUGUGUUACUAUAAACAUUUAUUCUGAAUUGAAAAAUCAGUUUACCGGUAUUCUUAAAGGAAAAUUAAAGAACUGCUCAUGUGUGAU